GAAGUCAUUUGGUUCUGGGAUCUGUUUGCAAUUUCAAUUUGUUUUGUGUUUGUUGGGAUAACAACAAAUCAAUCUUAGGAGUUGUUCUCGAGUUUGUUCUGCUUCUUAUAGACUUUUCAAGGAAAAAGAUGGAGGUUCUUUUUGCCAUUGUCGGAUCUCUUGCUGCCAAAGCUGCUGAGUACACCGUCGAUCCCACUGCACGACAACUUGGUUACUUAUUCAAGCAUAAGACCAAGUUUCUGAACCUCCGGACUAAAGUUCAAGACCUGGAGGGUGCAAGAGAAAGGGUGCAACAAUCUAUUGAAGCGGCUACCAGGAAGGGGGAGGUGAUUUUUGAAGAUGUUCAAAGGUGGUUGACAGUGGCCGAUGAGAAGAUCUCCGAGCAGGCCGCAAAGCAGUUGCGGGAGGAUGAAGAGAAAGCAACCAAGAGGUGUUUCGCCGGCUUUUGCCCCGAUUUCAAGUCCCGUUAUCAGCUCAGCAGGAAAGCGGAAAAGGAGGUCAAUGCCAUAGCUCAACUCCUGACUGAAAAGGAUGCAUUUAAGGAUGUUUCCUACCUUCCUGCAGUUGAAGUGACAGAUAUUAUCAGACCUGUCAAAGAGUACGAGGCCUUCGGAUCAAGAAGCUUUGCUUUUGAUGGGGUCAUGGCAGCAUUGGAAGAUGAUACUGUCAGUAAAAUUGGAGUGUACGGGAUGGGAGGUGUGGGUAAAACCACACUUGUCAAAGAGGUCGCCAGACAAGCCAAGGUGAAACUGUCGUUUGAUGAGGUGAUCUUCGUAGCUGUAACACAAACUCCAAAGACAGUAGAUCUUCAAAAUGAGAUUGCUCAUCAGUUAGGAAUGAAACUAGACAACAACCCAAGCGUUGAUGUGCAAGCAGCCCGGCUAUGCGAUCGACUGAAGAAAGCCAAGAAGGUUCUUGUCAUCUUGGAUGAUAUCUGGGAGGAACAGGAAGUGGACACACUUGGAAUUCCUUCAGCAGACCAACACAGGGGAUGCAAGAUAUUGAUGACAUCUAGGAGGCUUGAUGUGUUAAAAAGGAUGGAUUCUCAUCCAAACAUUCCAAUUGAAACAUUGAAUGAAGAUGAAGCUUGGAACCUGUUCAAAAAAAUGGCUGGUCAUAUUGUUGAAAGCUCUGAAAUACGGUCUAUAGCAGUUGAGGUUGCCAAAAGAUGUGCAGGACUGCCAAUCGCUAUUGCUACAAUUGCAAAGGCUUUAAAGCCUAAAGAUAAGUUGUUUGAAUGGAGGGAUGCUUUGCGACAACUAAGUAAGCCCUCUGAAAGAAACUUCAAAGGCAUACCAGCAGGUGCAUAUUCAGCUAUAGAGUUUAGCUAUAAGUUUAUAGAAGAUGGUGAACUUGGGCCAAUCUUUUUACUCUGUAGCAUAAUGCGUCAUAAUGCUACCGUGGAGGAAUUGUUGAGAUAUGCCAUUGGUUUGGGUUUUAUCCAUGAUGUUAACACCAUGGAAGAGAGUCGAGAUAGAGUAUUGACAUUGGUGAACAAUCUCACUGCCUCUUGUUUGUUACUCGAAGGUUCUCACCCAAACUGUUUUGACAUGCACGACGUUGUACGUGAUGUCGCCCAAUCCAUAGCUUCAAGGGAUCGACAUUGGCUAGCUUUAUUCAAAGAGUUACCAAAUGAGGAGAAAAUGAAAGAAAGCCAGCUGAUAAGCUUACAGAAUGCGGAGGUCAAUGAGCUUCUUUAUCAUGAGUUAGAAUGUCCAACCCUUAAUUAUUUCUCAAUUGGUAUGUAUCGUUUUUCGUCUUUGAAAAUUUCAAAUGACCUUUUUAAGGGGAUGCAAAGACUCAAAGUCUUGGAAUUUGGUAGAACAAAUUUUACAACCUUGCCUUUCUCUCUUGGUUUCUUGAAAACUCUAUGUACAUUGCGUUUAAUGUACUGUGAUAUAGAAGAUAUAGCCAUCUUAGGAGAGUUGGGAAAUUUAGAAAUCCUUGACCUCCGUGGAUCUAGAAUGAAAAUGCUUCCAAAGGAGAUAGGACAGUUGACCAGGCUAAAAUUACUAGACUUGACUAAUUGUGGUCGUCUUAAAGUAAUAUCACCGAAUGUGUUGUCAAGUUUAUCUAGAUUGGAAGAACUAUACCUAUACAAUAGCUUUGACAAAUGGGAGGUUGAGGGAAUUGAGAAUCCAAGAAGCAAAGCUAGUCUUGUUGAGUUGCAUCAUUUGUCUCGUCUAACCACUUUGGAAAUACAUAUUCGUCAUGCGAAAGCCAUACCAAAGGAUAACUUGUUUCUCGGAAAGAUGAAAAGGUUCAAGAUUUCAAUUGGAAAUAAGACGUGGAAUCGGUUUGAUUUUAAGGGGGUGAAAACAUCAAGAAUGUUGAAGCUCCGUAUGAAUAAAAUUAUUCAUUUGGUCAAUGGGAUUAAAUUGCUGUUGGGAAAAAUUCAAAGUUUAUAUCUCGAGGGAUUGGAAGAUGUUGAGGAAAUGCUGUAUUACCCAAGUGUUGAACCUUUGGGGCAAUUAGAAUUCAUGAAAGUCAAGAGCUGCCAUAGGUUAAAGAAUUUGUUCUCAUUUUCCAUAGCCAAAAGACUUCGUCUGCUUGAAGAACUUGAGGUAUCAGAUUGCAUGAACCUCACAGAGUUAAUUGUGGAAAAGGAAGAGAUUAGCGAGAAUGACAUUUUGGAAUUUAGUAAGCUACGCUUCUUAAAGUUAGAAAGACUGAAAAAAUUUAAUGGCUCAUGGCUUUUUGAUGAAAAGGUGUCCUGUCCUGCCUUGGAGGAGUUGUGCUUAAAGUUCGUGGGUGGCAUUGAGAAAAUAUGGCAUAUUGAUGAUCAACUUUCUGGAAUGUCUUUUGGGGUUCAAAGUUUAAGAGAUUUGAAUGUGUGCGGUUGCAAUAAGUUGAAGUACGUAUUUACUUCAUCUAUGGUUAAAAGCUUAGUGCAUCUGAAAACACUUUAUGUUUCUGGAUGUGAUGAAAUGGAAGAGAUAAUAGAAGGAACAUUAGCGGCAACAGAAGAAGAAAGGAUUAAAGGCAGCAUAAGUGUGUUCCCUAAACUUCAUUUUAUGUGUCUCGAUGGGCUUCCAAAAUCGAAAAGAUUUUGCAGUGGAAGUUAUCCAAUUGAAUUUCCCUCGCUAAGGGAGUUAAGGCUAAAAAGAUGUCCUGAAUUGAAAACGUUCCUUUGUGAUAGUGGAAAGAGCGGAGAAGCGCCGCCAAAUUAUCUCUUCAAUGAAAAGGUUAUACUUGCUGUGCUAGAGGAAUUGGAAAUUUGUAAAAUGGGCAACUUGGAGAGGCUAUGGUGUGACCAGCUUGCUCAACAUUCCUUUUCUACACUAACUUCCAUUCAUCUGAAGUAUUGUCGUAAGCUAUUAAAUGUUUUUCCGUUGAGUAUGUUGACAAGACUUCAAAGGCUUGACUACAUGUGCAUAGUGGGUUGUGAAUCAGUGGAAGAAAUAAUAUUUGAAUCUGAAUCUCAAGAAGGAGGCAGCAGUAGAGCGAUGACAUCACUUUCUUCUUCGUUCAUCCAAUCAGAUGUUAUUACAUUUGAAUUUCCAAUUUUGACAUCCUUGGAUCUCAGUGGAUUGCCAAAUUUAAGAAGUAUCCAUCAUACAAUGCAUACUAUAAAUUGGCCCUCGUUGAAGAAGCUGGAUGUGAGUCGAUGUGACAAAGUGGAGAUAUUGUUUGCUUGUCAAGAAACAAGUGGAAACAAUAGUCAUCAUCCCCUGUUUUGGGUGAACGAGUCUACAUUUCAGAAUUUACAUGAAUUGACUUUGGGAUGGAAUGCUGGAAUCAAAGACAUCAUAUGUCAUUGCGAAGCCCAACAACAACAUCAACUUUUGUCUCAUUGCUUGCCCAACCUGAAAGUCGUCAAUCUUUACGGGUAUCCGGAGCAAUUAACCCUAUUACCAUCAUACUUGUUCCAUUUAUUAGCCUUACCCAAUCUUCAAACACUUGAAAUAAUCUGUUCAUCUUUUAAAGAAAUGAGAUUCCAAAGUGAAGAAGGUGGUGAGGAAAAGCCUGCAUCGCUGCUACUCUCUCAGAUAACUGAAUUAAAUCUGUAUUUUCUUCAUGAAUUGAUGCAUCUAUGGAAGGAAAAGGAAGGAUUCCCAAAUCUAAGGAUUUUGGAUGUUUACGAGUGUCAUAAAUUAGAAGGUAAUCUGGUUCCAUCCUCGGCAUCUUUCCGAAAUCUGGUGACUUUGAAAGUAGAGAGAUGCGAUGGAAUCAUAAAAUUAAUCACACAUCCCACAGCCAAAAGUCUAGUGCAUCUCAAAGAAAUGAGUAUAACCCGUUGCAGCAAUAUAAAGGAGAUAAUACAAGGUGGGGAUGAUCACGGUGAAUUCAGUUUCCCCCUACUCAACCGUUUGGCACUUGAAGAUCUACCAAAGCUAGAAAGCUUCUGCUCAUCAGGGAAUUAUACCUUUUCAUUCCCAUACUUGGAAGAUCUAGUUGUAGAAAAUUGCCCAAAGAUGAAGAUGUUCUCUCAAGGACACUCAAACACUCCAAUGUUGCACAAAGUACGGUUAAAGAGCUGGGGAGUAAAAGAGCUUUUGGAAGGUAGCCUUAACAGCACCAUACAACACCUAUUCAGAGAAAAGCAUGCAAUGAACGAGGAAGGUGAGAAUUCUAAAGAAGAUCAAAGCAAACCUUCUACUUCUGACGCCCAGAUAAAUCUAAUUACAUUUUAAUUUAUUCUUUUGCUU